UUGGUGGUAAGCGGUGCGACAGCCCAAAAAUUAUGAAUGUGAACAAUUUCCAUUAUCCCAACGCAGCGGUAAGUGUUCCUGGAGAAAUUUCGUCUCAUGUGAGAGAAGUAUCUGAUUACCACCGUAAUGGAGGAGAAAAGAAUGUAAUUAAAAAAACACCGGAACAGUUGAGUGAUAUGUUCCAGCCAUCAGUGCUUCUCAACAAAACAAAUUCUUCAGAAAUUAACUGCUGUUACAAAGAACAAAUGCCAAAAAUUUCUCUGAAGAAAAUAAAGAAGAAGAGAAUUCUAAAUUCCAGGCCGGUAAAAGGGUGGUUCAGAGGGAAAACUGAUGGAGACAAAAUAGAACAUCAAGAGAGUUCAACAGGUGUCUCAAAGAGAGAGAACUGUAAUGAUGAAUGUCCAGUUUCACAGCACAUUCAACCAAUAACAUGUGGAGAGUCUGUCCUAAACAGUUCUAUUUUGGAUGAGGUUUUAAGUGAAAAAAAGAGGAUCCUAAUGGAAUCAGCAGAGAUGAGUGAGUUCCUACAGAGUCGAAUAAGAACAUGAUGCUUGCAUGGAUGUUACGUACAUUUAAAGCAUUUUGGCUGCAUAUGACCUUCAUGUCUGUUCAUUAUAGAUAAUCCAGAAAAUACUUUUUUCAUAGUUGUGCAAAAAUCAUAAUUUACCACUGUAAACUCUGUUUUAAGUGGAAUGUAAGUUUCUGAGAAGUUUUUUGUCCUAAAUAAUUUUGUAAUAUUUCAGUUUUAUAUAACCUGAAUUAUGGAGUGUGUUGAAAAGUCUACUGGAAUGGUUUUAAUGAAAAUAUGUUCUAUUUAUUAGUUAGUCAUUGGACUAACAAAUUUCUCUCUGGAACUGAUUUGUGAUUAAUAUAAGUUCUGUUUCAAAGACACUGUACUUUUCUGUAUGAGGGUGAGUCUAAUGAACACCUUAAAUAUUUUGUUUUUCAUAAUUUAUUGAGCAAAAGUGGCAUACAACUGUAUAAGUUUUUUGUUGUUUACUCUUUAAUUAUUGUUGAAUGUUUUGAGCUGAGAAAAUACAGUCGCUAAGAUGACUUGCUAUAGGCUGGAGGUCUGGGUUUCAUUCCCAGGAUUUUUUUCUUGAUCAAGAAUGGUUGUGGGGAACACUGUACUUCUUAACCCAUGGAUACAAAAUAGAUACAAAUGGCUGUUUCUGCAGGAGAUGGGAGUGUGAAAGAGUUGAAGCAUGCCGCUCAUAAUAGUCUCCAACUGGUACCAAGGUUAAGAAUGCUGGAAGUUUUACUUCUAUGUCCCAUAUGCUUCUGUGCUGUAACAUAAGAACAACUUUACAUUUACCUGAAUUUUUUGAGUGUUCUGUUUGGUGUUAAAGAAAAGACGUACAUAUUUUAAAGGACUGUAUUUCAAAGAGUGUUGAAAUUAAAGUAAACAUGAUGGAGUAUCAGAACAUUAUUCAUGAGACAGUUUAUCUUCUCCCAAACUACAGAUUUUGAUUAUCUUCUGUUUGGGCAUCAUUUGUCAGUGAAUAAAUUUUCAUAUCUAAAAUUAUACCAUUUUUUUUUUCAUUAACUACAUUUCAUGUUUUUUUGGAUUUAUCUGAAUGUAUGUGCAAUUUUGCAUCCCACAUUGGAUUUGAUGUUAAUUUAUUGUGCUUGUUGAGUACUCAGUUAUGGAGAUACUACAAAGCAUUGUACACAUUUUAGGAGAAUAAAUACUGUUUAUUAUAUAUGGCAUGCAUUAGCUGUUUCUAAAAUGAGAAAGCUUUAGGAAAUUUGAUUAUAUUCCUUUUUAACUUUAUAUGGAAGCUUUGGAGUUUGUAACAUAAAAGCCUAGACAAAUGUGGUGGAGGGGGAGUGUUUGUGAUUGAUGAGAAGGUCUAAUAUAUUUUGUGACCUAACUGGCUUGAAGAGUUAACUUAAGUGACAUUACAUUCCUGAAUGCUUGUAGAUAACAAGUAUAUUACAGAAUGUUUUCCAGGCUGUUUGUGUUUGAUUGCAGAUACUUAAUCAAUAAUGUUGUUAGUGUUGUUUUCUAAACAUAAUCCCCUUUUUGACCUGUUGAGCAUAACAGGGUGAAUAGGUUAGCUCAGUGCAGUGAGGACACCUACUCUUAACACUUUGCAGACCAGUUGCAUAAUAUUAUGCUUUUUGCUUUUAACACAUUGCGGACCAGUUGUUUUUUCUUUAGGGUAUGACAGGAAAUGAGUGUGAUCAUGUUACUGGCUAAGCUAGCAAACAUUCUCGAGGUCAACUACGCAGUAGUUAUGAUGCAACGUGGCCACACAGCGAGAUAUAGUCUGUUGCAACAUAACGCGUAAGAAAAGGGCCAAUUGGCCCGCCCAGUCCGCAACGCUAUAGGAACGUAGAGGGCCAAUUGGCCCCUCCGGUCCUGAAUGUGUUAAACGUGGCAGACCGGUUGCAUAAUAAUAUGAUUUUAGGACACGUUAUGUUGCAACACAAUAUACCUUGCUCUGGCGCCACGCAGAUGUACAACUGGUGUGUAAUAGACCUGCCGAAUGUUUGCUUGGUAGUCAGUAACAUGACCUCUCUGUUUUUCUAUCCCACUCCAAAUGAAAAUGCCUUUGUUUGUCUUCAAGCUGUAUGUACCAGGCAGUAAGUUAGGAGUGCAAUAUGGAUGAAGGUCGAAAGCGGUUGAAGUCCAAGUGAUCUCUCAGAGAACAAGAAAUAUCUGACUUGUUCUCCGAUGAGCUAUCUGAUGUUCCUUGUGAGACGUGAAGUGAUAGUGACUCAGACGAUGGCAGUGACGGGGGACAACAAAGAAUUGUGGCCACAGACAGUAAAAGUGGCAGUAGCUCCGAUGAAAAUGCGGGUAGUAACAUUGCAGGGACAGC